AAAGUUUUCUCACUUGUUUUGAAAGUGAUUACAAGGUAUACACCAUGCAUUGUAAGUAAAUAUCACAUUAUGUUUUUUGUUUACCUCGAAAGAGUUUUUGUUCUUUCAGCUUCAAAUUUAAUAUUUGUCGCCGUCCUGAUUGUUGACAGCACUAUCGCAAAAAUACCAGCAGAAGCCGUAAGAAAUGAGCCAUGUAGCAGGGAUGGUGAAUAUUUUCCAGAUACAACUAAUUGUCAAGGAUUUUAUGAAUGUAUUAAUGGAGAAAAAAUACAUAAUGUGUGCCCUGAUCCUCUUUUGUGGAAUGAUCAUAUACCUGGAUGUAGCAUUACCUCUGACUGCUCGCAAGUUUCUCGCUCAACAACAGCUAAACCAACUCCAGCUCCAACAGAAGCUCCAACAACUCCAACAACUGCUCCAACAACUACUCCAACUACUCUAACAACUACUCCAACAACUACUCCAACAACAACUCCCACAACUACUCCAACAACAGCCGGAACAACGCAACCAACAAUACCUCCAUGGCUUAGGUGUGACACAAACGGCGAAUAUUUUCCAGAUACAACAAACUGUCAAGCAUUUUACGAAUGUAUUAACAACGUAAAACAGCAUAUGAUUUGCCCUGAUCCUCUUUUGUGGAAUGUUCAUUUACCUGGAUGUACCGAGGAAUCUGACUGCUCGCAAGUUUCGACUUCCACAACAGCUGCCUAUUGCGAAGACGGUGACCUGACCGAUGACCCUGCCAACUGUAAUAUAUUCUUCAUUUGUGAAGGACACCGCUGGAUAGGACCUUACAAUUGUCCAAAAGAUCUCUAUUGGAGCGAAAAAACCAAAGGGUGUGUCCAACGUCAGGAUUCUGACUGCUCUGUAAUUUUAUUUUUGUUCGGAGCCGUAUGUGUGUACGGGGCUAAUUCAAGCGACUGUACACCAGGUAACCGUUGGGCUGAUCCUAAUGACUGCUCGUUGUUUUAUGAAUGUGAUAGUGAUGGAAAACUACAGCACUGGCCAUGUCCUAUGGGAUUGUUCUUUAAUAGCACAUCAAAUGUGUGUGACGAAUAUGAGAAUGUUGAGUGCACCUGCAAACCACACCAAUAUUGGCCUUAUCAUGGAGAUUGUACGAGGUUCUUUGUCUGUAACGGCAGUAAAAUAUCUGUAGCUCAAUGCCCUAAAGACUUUUUCUUUGAUGACCAGCAAAAUAUUUGUGAUCGUCACGAAAAUGUUCAUUGUUAUUCUAAACUAUUUCAUAGUAUAAGAGCUGUGAGACAUUUUUGA